AUGUCACCUUCAAAGGGUGACAUGGCUAACCCGAUUGACCCGACUGACUUGAUUACUCCUGCAAUGACCCCUCAAUUGACCCGUACCCCGGCUGGUUUCGAAUUGGCUAGUGGUCCGACUUUCCCUGCUUUCACCUCGUCCCAGUCUUCUUCUGGCUCUUCGAUGAAUCCUCACAUCAGUCCCAUGUUUCAAACCUCUCCAACGUUCCAUCAUCCUGCAUCCGCUACUUCGUUCUACUCUACCUCGUCAGUUACUCCUGUAAAGCGUAGUUUCACUGCGAGCAGUCGCCUAGAUGAUGAUAUGAACCACAACCCGGCUCCAGGUAUGUCCUUGAUGCCAGUCCAAGCCUUGGAUUACCUGUUGCUAAUCAUGUGUUUCAUACAACCUACCAGAAUUGCCUGUCGAUUGUUUUGA